UUUAGUCUUUACAAUUAUAAAAGAAAUUGUAUCACAUUUUUCAUAUUAAGCGUAAAAUGGUUGUGUUUAAUAAGUUUUCAAAUUACAAAAAGUUGCGCGCAAAUAUUUGUGAUUGAGCUGUAUAUUAAUCUGGCAAGGUACAAAUUUACUAGUUGUUGUUGCGAAGGGAAAAGUCAAAGAAAGUUCGAAAAGGAAAUGUCUGAAAAUAAUUCGUUCUUCUUGCAAAACUAAACUCAAUAAAUAACAUUUUUAAUUGUUUGUACUGUUUCAAUUUUCUAUGGGAUAUAUUCGAAUAAUAUUUGAAUCGGAAAGUAGGAUAUAAAAGUUAAAGGAAGCAAAACAACCACUUGGCAUAUAGACAAAGAGUGGGGGUGGUGGAUCAGUGAAACGUUUUUAUUUAGUUUAGUUUUUGUUAAGGCGUUAACGUUUUUGUUGAAAAUAUUAUAAAAAAUGUGAGUCAAAGUUUGUAAAAUAAAAUAGACGAGUAAUUUUAAAUUAUAGAAUAUUGAAAAUAAAAAAUGUGUGUGGCUUUGACACAGUUCAUAUACUACAGAAAAAAAGUGAUUGCCAAUGACAGAAGAGAUUUGCGGCCGAAGAAUUCACAGUUGGAACGGUGUUCCCAAAAUAAAGAUGGAAUAAAGCAAAAUUCAUUGGCAGAUUUACAUAUUAUUUUAUCUACUAAGUCGCUGAGGCCUUUAAGAUUGCCCAUGCUAUCGUCUUCCAACUGUAACAUUUCAGUCAUGGUAGCAUCAGUUUCACCUGCGCAUAACUUCCCUAUAUUCAAUGCGAAAUACCGGCGGAAAUGCCUGCUCCUUCUUCUACUAUUAAUCUUCCACGGCUGUUUUAGUGAAUUGAGCCGAGUUUCUGCUUUUAAUUGUACAGUUCAGGGCAACCACUGCCAAAAUGAAGGUCAGUGUCAGAAAGAUGGACAAUGCCUAUGUGCUGAUGGUUGGCAAGGGCCGGAAUGCCAGUUCUGUGGAGGUAAAGUGAGAUUAUAUCAUCCAUCUGGAACUAUUCACGAUGGUCAAGGAAAUUACUCAGUAAGUGUUAAGUGCAGUUGGCUGAUUGAUACUCGACAUCCCCACACAAAUUCGCUGCGGACACCUUCCAUUCGAAUUAAUUUGCGUGAAUUUGCUACGGAAUGCGGUUGGGAUCACUUGUAUAUUUACGAUGGCGACAGUGUAGAUUCGCCGCUCUUAGCAGUUUUUAGCGGGCUCAUGUACAGAGAUAAUUUUGCGAUACGAAAAGUACCACAAGUAAUUGCCCGUUCCGGUACAGCGCUUCUUCAUUUCUUCAGUGAUGAUGCUUACAAUAUGUCUGGUUUUAAUCUUUCUUACAAGAUGGAUGGAUGUCCUACAGCGACAGAAGAGCUAGAAUGUUCUGGUCAUGGAAGAUGUAGUGAAGGAGACUGUAUUUGCGAUAGCUUAUACAAAGGUGAAGCUUGUGACGUAGCCGCAUGUCCUAACGGCUGUUCAGAGAAUAAAGGCCAAGGUAUAUGCAAAGAAGACGACGAAAGAUGCUUGUGUAAUGAUGGUUUUGGCGGUAAUGAUUGUGGCCAACUUAAGGCACUUGGCGUCUGGUCCACAAUUUAUCCGACACAAUCACCCCCUCCACCCGGAACUGCUUCACACGGUGCUGCUGUAUGGCGUGAUACACUUCACAUAAUUGGUGGAGAGUCAUAUGGUCGUGGUGAACUUAUGACCACAUACGAUUUCAAUGGCAAUGUAUGGGAAACUUUGCAUAUUGAGGGUGGAAGUAGUAUACCAGAAAAACGGUAUGGAGCUUCUACCGUAAUGUAUGGUGAUAAAAUAUUCAUGUACGGUGGCGUAAUCGAGGGUCGAGGUGUAUCCAAUGAGUUAUGGGCGUUUGAUGUUUCUGCUAAAACCUGGGAAAAUAUAACGGUGAAAAGUGAUGCAUGUAACUCAACGGGUCUAACGUCGUAUGCUAUGUGUGGCCCUUUACGUGUAGUAGGUCAUACGGCAACAUUAGUACCGGGUUUCGGUGACAAAAACAAUUACCAAUAUAUGAUUGCUAUUUUCGGACAUUCCCCACAAUAUGGUUACCUUAAUACUGUACAAGAGUUUAAUUUUGGCACACGGGAAUGGAAGAUCAUCGAAACCAACGGAUAUGUGGUUAAAGGUGGUUUUGGACAUAGUGCAGCUUUUGAUUAUUUGACUGAAAAAGUAUACGUUUACGGUGGGAUUAUAUCGGAGAGUGAGUCAAGCCAGGUGCUAAGUUCAAAAUUAUAUGCUUAUGAGCCGUCAACACGUACAUGGACUCUGCUGUCUGCAGCACCAAGUGCGCGAUUACUUCACACAGCUAACUUCAUUAAUCAUGGACUCAUGAUGGUAUUUGGCGGCAACACUCAUAAUGAUACUUCCCAGAGCUAUGGAGCAAAAUGUUAUAGUCAAGAUUUGUUAGUGUAUGAUGUUUAUUGCGAUUCGUGGCAUACACAAGAUAUGCCAGAACACUUGCAAACAGAUCUAGCCAGAUUUGGUCACAGUGCUGUUGUUUUCGAGGAUUCGCUUUACAUUUAUGGUGGCUUUAAUGGCCAAUUGUUGAACGAUAUGUUGCGUUUCACACCUGGAUAUUGUAGUUUUUAUACGAAACAAGAAAAGUGCACAAACGGUCGUCCAGGUGUCAAAUGUAUAUGGGAUGUGCAGAAAAUGCGUUGCAUUCCCGUAAACCAAGUACAGCGCUCUGCAAUCUUCGGUCGCGAGCAAUAUGACUAUGUAGUGUGUCCAUCGAAGAGUCGCAUUACAUUGACUUCGGAACUCCUAAACGAUGUGCUACGCUGUCAGGAGCAAAGCAAUUGUCAAUCUUGUGUGGCGAACUCAUAUGGUUGCACCUAUUGUGGGAAUGGUGUAUGCACAAGGGAACGUUGUCGGGAGACUACGUCAAUAACCACAUUAUUUUAUGAAUCUAGCAACCAACAGAAGCAUCAGCAACAACAACAGCAAUUUGUGCCCACAGCUGUUCCAGUGGCAAAUAUUAAACGUUUAGAAAAUUGUCAGAAAACUGAAGAUUUCAUGAUAAUUACCGUUUGUGAGCAGUUGCAUAGCUGUCAUGCCUGCUCUGCUAAUACUAGCUGCAGUUGGGAUGCCGAACACAAUCGUUGCAGACCCUAUUUGUCUAAUAUACCACAUUUGAAUCGGACACGAGAGGAUGUCAUUUGUCCACAACCCUGUGCAUCAUUAACAAGCUGCCACAAUUGUACAGAGGACGAGUGCAUUUGGUGUCAGAAUGAGCAACGCUGUGUUGAUCGCAAUGCGUAUACGCCUAGUUUUCCUUAUGGUCAGUGUCGAGAGUGGACCACGCACUCUGUUAAGUGUCGCUCAUCGCCUACCAAUACGGGUAAUGGUCGCUCAACUGCUGCACAAUCGAGCGCACAGUGUGGAUUCUAUAAUAGUUGUGCUCAAUGUCUAGACGAUCCGGCCUGUGGUUGGUGUGACGACGGAUCAAAUACUGGUCUGGGCAAUUGCAUUGCUGGCGGUGCAUUGUCACCCUAUGACGCGAGCGAGUGUCAAGUAAAUCAUUGGUUCUUCACCUCUUGUCCACCAUGCAAUUGCAAUGGACACUCACACUGUCCCGAUAAUAAUAUUUGUGAACAACCAUGCUCGAAUCUGACAACUGGUAAUCACUGUGAGAAAUGUAGCAAAGGCUAUUGGGGCAAUCCUAUUAAUGGUGGUCAUUGUCAAAAAUGUGAAUGCAAUGGACAAGGGGAAAACUGCCAACCGGACACGGGAAAAUGCUUUUGCAAUACCAAAGGCAUAGUGGGUGAUCAUUGUGAAAAAUGCGAUACGCAGAAUCAUUAUAAUGGUGAUCCCAUAAAAUCAUCAUGCUACUACGAGCUAACAAUUGAUUACCAGUUCACUUUCAAUCUCUCCAAAAAGGAAGAUAGGCAUUUUACGAAAAUUAAUUUUCGAAAUUCACCUCAAAAGCCCGAAAUCGAUGCAGACUUUACAAUAACUUGUAGUGUACCAGCUAAAAUGGACAUUUCAGUUAAGCGCGCUGGUUUUCCGGAGAAAUUUUUAUAUGCUGGUAUAAAUUGUUCAACGUUUAGACAGCGAUUCCCAAAAACUGAAUACACUUUUGGCCAUUCACCGGAAGAUAACAGCUCUUUAACCACAUUCUACGUGUUCGUGCAUGAUUUUCGGCCACCAAUUUGGAUACAGAUAGCUUUUUCGCAAUAUCCGAAGCUAAAUCUGCAACAAUUCUUCAUCACAUUCUCCACAUGUUUCUUAUUGCUUUUACUUAUGGCUGCUGUUUUAUGGAAAAUAAAACAAAAAUACGAUAUGUUCCGAAGAAGGCAACGACUAUUUGUCGAAAUGGAACAAAUGGCUAGCCGUCCAUUUUCCCAGGUUGUAGUGGAAAUCGAAAACAGAGAUAAUAUUGAUUUAACUCAUACAAUGGAGGGUAUUACCCAUCUGACCAAAAAGCGCAAAAAGGACUGUCCCAGUCCGAUAGCGCUGGAACCUUGCAGUGGUAACCGGGCGGCAGUGCUUUCACUUUUAGUUCGUUUGCCAACGGGUGGAUUGCAGCAUGCACCUGCGGGACAGUCAGCUGGUUUGGCCGUGGCCAGUGCACUCGUAACACUGGGCAAUCCACGACGACCCUCAAUAGAACACUCUAAAGAGCCAAAAUCCAAAAGAAAACAAAGUCAACAUCCUGAUAGUUGUACAUAAUAAUUAUGAAAAUUUAAUUGUGACGUUUAACAGCGAAAUUUGUAAAAGUAUUUUAUUUAUAUAUAUACGUACAUACAAGGGGUAUGCAUGCUUACACUUUGGUCUGCAUCUGAAAAUGUAAAUCAAUAGAACAAAACCGCAUAUGGUGGUGUAGCGACCAUUCAAGGAGUAACAUUAUGAAUCCCUUUAUACAAAAUACAUAAAUUUAUUAAUAAUAAAACACUGUACUAAGGCAUAUUUACAGAUUUACUUCACAUAAUAAUUACACUUACAUAUAAUAAUAGUAAUUGUAUAAAAUAGGGCAUAAAUUUAUUUAUUAUAGUUACAAUUUUAAUUGCUAGACUCAAUGGCAAACUAAAAAGACAUUAAUAUUAUUAAAAAAAAAUUAUGAGAAAGUUAUAAAUAACGCAAUGUAAAAAUUAUAUGUUUUUUAGUGUAAGACAUUAUUAAAUGUUUUAAACUUGCAUUUUAAACCAACCUAUUUUUGUAUAUCUUUUAUUUGUUUAAAUGCAUGAUUGCGCUAUAAUCACACCAUCAGUUGCAAAAAAUUUAAAAUACUAAGUAAAAUAUCAAAUAUGAAUGAUAUAAACUUUGCUGUAGAGUGUUUUAUUAUCUGUGUUAAAAGACGAUUCAAAAAUUAACCAAAUACAAGAGAAAUGGGUAUAUACCUAUUGAAAUAUAUAUGUACAUACAUAUGUAUAUGAACCACACUAA